GUCGCGGAGGCUGCCAACUUGCGGCAGGGCCAACGCAAGUUGCAGACGUACACGUCGUCCGACGACUAUUUCUCUCUCAUGCUUGACCGAGUCAACCAAGCACGAGCUUCCGAGGGUCUACCCGCGCUGUGCACCAACAAGAAGCUCCAAGCGGCAGCCCAACGGCACUCCGACGACCAAGCCGCCAACGACUACAUGGACCACACGGGCACGGACGGGUCCAACAUCGAGCAGCGUAUCGCCGGUGAAGGCUUUGACUGGAGCGCUGUGGCCGAGAAUGUUGCCGCGGGCCAACCCGACGUGGAUGCUGUCAUGGAGGCGUGGAUGGCCUCUCCUGGUCACCGCGAAAACAUCCUCGGCGACUACACCAUGCUCGGCACUGCCUACGCGUACAACCCCGACACCACGUACCAGCACUAUUGGACGCAGGACUUCGGAACGGGGGACGCGGAG